GCAGCCCCUGCGGCCCGGAGUCCAUCCCGCCUCCUCCGGGUUGGCGGGGCUGAGGAGUCCUGAGGGGCUGCCGCGGGAGCCUGCAGGUUUCCCUAGAUGACGGAUAAACAUUCAUACCAUCUGGAAGAACAUCUGUGGAAACCUUGACCAUGGCAUCGGUAUCAGACCCUGUAACAUUCCGAGAAUUCUGCCCUUUGUACUAUCUCCUCAAUGCCAUCCCCACAAAGAUCCAGAGAGGCUUUCGCUCUAUUGUGGUCUACCUCACAGCCCUGGAUACCAACGGGGACUACAUUGCAGUGGGCAGCAGCAUCGGCAUGCUCUACCUGUACUGCCGGCACCUCAACCAGAUGAAGAAGUACAACUUCGAUGGGAAGAUAGAGUCUAUCACGGUGGUGAAGCUGCUGAGCUGCUUUGAUGACCUUGUUGCAGCAGGCACUGCCUCCGGGAGGGUUGCAGUCUUUCAGCUUGUGUCUUCAUUGCCAGGGAGGAACAAGCAGCUGCGGAGAUUUGAUGUCACUGGUGUUCACAAGACCAGCAUUACAGCUCUCGCGUGGAGCCCCAAUGGGAUGAAGCUGUUCUCUGGAGACGACAAAGGAAAGAUCGUCUACUCUUCUCUAGAUCUAGACCAGGGUCUCUGCAGCUCACACCUUGUAUUAGAAGAGCCGUCCUCCAUUGUGCAGCUGGACUACAGCCAGAAAGUGCUGCUUGUGUCCACCUUGCAGCGAAGCCUGCUCUUUUACACAGAGGAGAAGGCUGUCAAGCAGAUUGGAUCCCAACCAAGGAAAAGUACUGGGAAAUUUGGUGCUUGUUUUAUACCAGGACUGUGUAAGCAAAGCGAUCUAACCCUGUACGCGGCCCGGCCUGGGCUCCGGCUGUGGAAGGCUGAUGUCCAUGGGACUGUUCAAGCCACAUAUAUCCUCAAGGAUGUCUUUGCUGGCGGAGUCACACCUUUUGAGCUCUACCCUCGUCUGGAGCCCUCUGAUGGGGGAAGCUGCAGCUCGCCUGAGAAACACCUGGGGCUCGUUUCCUGCUUCUUCCGAGAAGGCUGGGUGUUGAGCUGGAAUGAGUACAGUAUCUAUCUUCUGGACACCGUCAAUCAGGCCACAGUUGCUGGUUUGGAAGGACUGGGUGAUAUUGUAUCUGUUUCCUGCACAGAAAAUGAAAUAUUUUUCCUAAAGGGAGAUAGGAACAUUAUAAGGAUUUCAAGCAGACCCGAAGGACUCGCAUCCAUAGUGAGAGACGGUCCGGAGAUGACAAGAUGCUCUGAGCAGGUCCAUGGCCAGCAUCUGGAGAAGUCACUGGGGGCCACUGUUUGUGAGACAAGACUUCGAGGCUCUUCUGUGGCCAGUUCCGUGGCCAGUGAGCAACGGAGCAGGAGCAGUUCACUCAACUCCACGGACAGUGGCUCUGGACUACUGUUGCCUGGACUUCAGGCUGCUCCUGAGCUGGGCCAGAGUGGUCAGCCAUCCUCCCAGAGAUUCAGUGUCAUCAGCUCUGAAGACUUUGACCAGGAGCUUAUUGUGAAACCUAUCAAAGUGAAGAAGAAGAGGAGGAAGAGAAAGACAGAAGGUGGAAGCAAGAGCACCUGCCCCAGUUCCCUCGAGUCAACCCCCUGCUCCGAGCUCCCUGCUGACAGCCCCCAGUCCCUGAACACAGACCUCUUGUCCAUGACCUCGAGUGCUCUGGGCAGUAGUGUGGAUCAGCUGAGCACAGAAUCUCCAGAGCAAGAGAGCAACCUCGGGGGUGAGGUGAAUGGAAUCUCACAGGAAAACAGUGGUCCUGAAGCAUUCCAUGUCCUGGAGCUGCCUGGCCCUGCCCCUGGCCCUGCCUCUACCCCCGCGGAUGAAGAAAACUGCACUGGGAAGGAAGCGUCCCAGUGUAGCCACACACAGGACACAGACCUGCUCAGUGGAGUGCUGACUUUACCCUUGCAGCCAGAGGAGGAUGUGGGAGGUGCUGACAUCAUCUCAGGCCUUGACGAGCAGCCUGGUCCUGCUGCUGAUGCAGCAGUACAUACAGAGUUCUGCCUGCGGGGACAGAACAGCUCUGCUGAGGAGCAGGAGGCAGACACCAUGGAGUUCAGUGACCCCCAGAGCACGUUUUCUGAAGCCCCUCUUCUGGACUCAAGUAUGCUGCCUUCCAGCCUCAGCUGGCCCCCAGGUGCUGAGCAGUGGCUGCCUGGGAUUGGAGUGUAUGACAUCACCACUGAGGAGGCCAGCCCAGAACCAGACAUCCUGACCCAUGUGGCGGUCCCUAGCCACCUGAGCUCAAAUCCUUGGCAUUUACUAAGUGACAGUAACACAGGUCAGAAGGAAACACCCACUUUUCAAUGUGACAUGGGAAAUGUGGAAGGACAGGUGACUCCUCUUGCCUCUGCCACAGUGGCCAGCACCCAUGCACAUUGGCUGGACCAACCUUUCCAGGAUCAGGCAGUGACAUCCAGUGAUGAGGAAGACAUUUAUGCCCAUGGACUCCCAUCUUCAUCCUCAGAGACAAGUGUCACAGAGCUUGGAGCUAGUCGCUCUCUGCAGGACCUGAGCCAACCAGGUGCUGAGGAAACCACCCUGCUCAAGGCAGAUCAGUUUGCAGAGAGCUGGAUGGGCUACUCGGCUCCUGGCUACGGCAUCCUCAGCUUGGCGGUCUCGGAAAAGUUUCUCUGGUGCCUGGACUACAAAGGUGGCCUGUUCUGCAGUCCCCUGCCUGGUGCAGGGCUGCGCUGGCAGAGGUUUGAAGAUGCUGUCCAGCAGAUGGCAGUCUCUCCCUCAGGGGCUCUUCUCUGGAAGAUUGAACAGAAAUCUAACCGUGCUUUUGCUUGUGGCAAAGUCACCAUCAAGGGGAAGCGGCACUGGUACGAGGCUCUGCCCCAGGCUGUGUUUGUGGCCCUGAGUGAUGACACAGCCUGGAUCAUCAGGACCAACGGAGAUCUGUACCUUCAGACAGGUCUCAGUGUGGAUCGGCCCUGCGCCCGAGCCGUGAAGGUGGACUGUCCAUACCCACUGUCCCAGAUCGCAGCCCGGAACAGUGUGGUGUGGGCACUGACAGAGCAGAGGGCCCUCCUGUACCGGGAGGGUGUGAGCAGCUUCUGUCCUGAGGGGGAGCAGUGGAAGUGUGACAUUGUCAGUGAAAGGCAAACUCUGGAGCCUGUCUGCAUAACUCUUGGAGAUCAGCACACACUCUGGGCCCUGGACAUUCACGGGAAGCUAUGGUUCAGAACUGGCGUGGUUCCCAAAAAGCCCCAAGGAGACGAUGAUCACUGGUGGCAGGUGAGCAUCACGGACUAUGUGGUGUUUGACCAGUGCAGCUUGUUCCAGACCAUCAUGCAUGCCACACACUCAGUAGCCACAGCAGCCCAAGCCCCUGUGGAAAAGGUCGCAGAUAAACUGCGCAUGGCGUUUUGGUCUCAGCAGCUUCAGUGCCAGCCCAGCCUACUAGGGGUUAACAAGAGUGGUGUGUGGAUCUCCUCAGGGAAGAAUGAAUUCCAUGUUGCUAAAGGAAGUCUCAUAGGAACUUACUGGAAUACCGUUGUUCCCCGGGGAACAGCUUCUGCCACAAAAUGGGCUUUUGUGUUGGCUUCUCCUGCUCCCACCCAGGAUGGAAGCUCCUUAUGGCUAUGCCAGAGCAGCAAGGACCUGUGUAUCAUCAGUGCCCAGAAUGUACAGUGCCGGCCCUCCACAGUGCAGCUGCCCCCCGAUGCAGAGAUGAGAACCUAUGCUGCCUGCCAGGAUGCACUAUGGGCCUUGGACAGCCUCGGACAGGUGUUCAUCAGGACACUUUCCAAGAGCUGCCCCACAGGCAUGCACUGGACGAAACUGGACCUUUCCCAGCUAGGAACUGUGAAACUGACCAGCUUGGCAUGUGGACAUCAGCAUAUCUGGGCCUGUGACUCCAGGGGUGGGGUUUACUUCCGGGUUGGAACCCAGCCUCUGAAUCCCAGCCUGAUGCUUCCAGCCUGGAUCAUGAUUGAGCCACCUGUCCAGCUUGCUGGGGUCACUUUGGUCAGCGUCCAUUCUAGCCCCAAUGACCAGAUGUUGUGGGCCCUGGAUAGCAGAUGGAAUGUGCAUGUGCGAACUGGAAUCACUGAGGAGAUGCCCGUGGGGACAGACUGGGAGCAUGUGCCAGGAUUGCAGGCCUGCCAGUUGGCACUGAGCACCAGGACCGUGUGGGCCCGCUGUCCAAAUGGUGACCUUGCCCGCCGCUAUGGCAUCACAGACAAGAAUCCUGCUGGGGACUACUGGAAGAAAAUUCCAGGAAGUGUGUCCUGUUUCACAGUGACCUCAUCAGAUGAGCUGUGGGCAGUGGGCUCCUCUGGCUGUCUCCUUCAGCGACUGACAAAGACGUUCAGCCAUUCACACAACCCCCAGAACAGCCAGGCGGCCAGCUCCCACCCUGAGGAUCUGGAGGAGGAGUGGGAAGUCAUCUGAAGGAGCCUAGGCGGCCAGUGGAGGAGAAAGUUCUGUGAUGGAGGCCGCCAUCUCCCGGUGGCUCACAUAUGGACGGACAUGCCUCGUCCACCAGGCCAGACACCCCACACUUGCUUUCAUCUGUAUUUGUUUUGGUCUCAUUACAGAACUCACAGCCUUAGCCAUGCUCUCGGAACGGUUGCUGUAGGAGCAGCACCUUUGACAUCGUGCCACGGUCACCUGCAAGUGGGGACAGUGGCUGCUGGUCAGUUGCAUGCACUAGUUCCCUGUGCAGCUACGGGGCCUGGUGUGAGCCAAGAGGGACACCACCAGAGCCAGGAAGAGUUGGGCACAUGUCCAUACCAGAACCCCAGACCAAAUGUCCUGCAGAUCAGAACUUGCAGCUACUGGAUAUAUUUGGUGACGGUGUUGUCUUUAUCACAGGGGUCCUACACUUCUCUCCUAGAGAUACAGGCCACAGUGCACAUCCCACACAGGACAUUCCAGGUGGGAAAGUACCCAUGCAGGAUGGGGUGUGGGGCUGUGCCAGGUUACAUGCACACACCCUAGCCUCAUCAUGUUGCCCACACUCAGGGUAGCUGCCCACCCCCUGCCCACCUCAGCCAACACAAGAGCCAAUGGGUGCAGACAGAGCACUGGUGCCCACAUGGUCCAUGUAGUCCAGCACAGGGGUGCUGAGCCAAUCUAGAGACAUCUUUGGAACGACAUUUGACUAGUAUGCUGGUAGGCAUCCUAAAGCCAGGCUCUUCCUCAAAAGAUGGAUCUAGUAAUUGCCUUUCUGUUUGUUAUGUUACAAACCUGAAUAAGAUACCUCACUUCAAAUCAAAUCUCACAAAUUUAGAAGGUAAAUGUAUCUUCUGAAGACAGUGAAGGUCUCUGUUCCUUCAUGAGGUUUAUCCUAAGCCCACCUUGUCUCGGCUAUAGCUUUGCAGGGGUGGCCAUCCCGUAUCAUGUCCUCAACCCAAGAGUAGGCAGUGUCUGCAGCGGGUAUAGCACUGACUCCCCAGCAGCUGGUGGAGUACAGAGCAUCUGAGCUUCAAGGGCAGGCUACCCACCCCACCCACCAGGUCCCUGUCACUGCUCCAGGCUGGCUGCUUUUUCAGUCUGCCUGGUCCAGGCAGUAACUUGAUGUCUGUUUUCUACUGAGCAUUGUGUCAGGACCCCAGCAGUGACGAUGCAGAGGCUUCCAGGUCCCAGCAGUGACGGCAGAGGCAGCCCCGAGUGGGCUGAUCCUCUUCUGUGAAUGGUGUGCCUUGCCUGGCUCCUCACAAUGGCAGCACUCCCCUAAGCCCACGGGACGACAGUGCAAUUAAACCCAAGUUCAGUGGA